AUGGCCACAAGUUUAAAUACAUGCAUUACGCUUAAGGUACGUUAAAUAGUUUUCGUCGCAUCACGUCCGAAUUAUGGAUUUAAUCCUAAAUCAUUUUGGACCAUGUAUAAAAUGGGCUUUUUGACCGUUGUAUUAUCACAGGUUUUGAUGCAAAUGCUCUGCUUCGUAUUUUUAUUUCUUGACACAGGUUUUGUGUCUACUUUUCCUCCAUUCUGGAUAUUCAUCCAGCCAGACCACAAUGUCAUUAUCAGGUAAAUUGAAGAUGUCUUCCCAAAUCAUCCGCCUUUUUCUCAUAUUAAAGGUCCAUUCCUUUAACUGUGUAAAAAAUAUUUGCCGCAAAACCUUAGUACACACCUUUUAAAUUAAAAAAAAAAACAUAAGCAAAAUGCUAUCACGAGAUUCUACGAAGCCUCAGCAACAACUUUCCCCUUCGGGGCAGCUUACACAGUCUGACAAAAGAUCUUGAGUGCCAUGUAAAUAUUCGUUCAAGUUUUUUUCAUUAAAAAAGUUCUUGUUAGAAAUCCCCUAGGCUUCUUUCUCAGUCUUGCAAUGUUUUGAAAUAAACGUUCCCUCUAUUUAAAACUGACUGUUGCACGGGAUUCGAAUUCGGUUUUCUUGUAUAUCCUGACUAUAGUUUCUUGUGAAGGGAACUGGUUGAGCUGAACAGGUGCAGAAAAGCGUUAUCUCGGCUAGUAUUUCCAGAAAUUAACAGUCGCUGUUUAAAAACACGCAAACAGAUAAGAAGUCAAAGUUAUGCACCCGAGCUAAUUUUAGAGGAUGUUUACGCUACGAAAAAAUACGCGUGUAGACCUUUUUGAUGGCCUGUAGUUUAGUACCAAAUUUUUAUUCACCAGAUUUAGAGGGACUUCAAAUCAUCUUUUUAAAUAGUAAAUUCUAAAUAUUGAUCAUAACAAUUUUCCCUUUCGAUUCUGUUUGCUAUUUAAUUUUGAAAUUUAUUUCCUCGCAUAUUUCAUUUGCAAAUAUAUAAAGCAAGCCUAAUUCCAGGCGGGUGGUACAGGUUUAAUUUUUUCCAUUUCCAGACCGGAGAACUAAAUGCUGACAGUGUGAAAGUGUGAGCGCGUGUUAUAUACAAAUCCUUUUUUUUUUAUAAAACCAGAUUUAAGGAUUUGUCUCUCUUAUUUCCUUGCAUUCGGGAAUUUCAUGAUCAGUAAAAGUGAUAUUAAGAGAGGGUUUCUUUAGGUGAGUUCAAUGUUUCAUGCCAAACAUGUCAGCUUCAACGCUUUUUUUAUUGUGGUUAAGAUUUCCUUUGCCAGAUUGUGUUUUUACUCGACAAUGUAUUUUCCCUUCCUGUUAAAUUCUAGGAGGUGGCUUUUCGUGCAAAAAUAGUAAAGGCCUAUUCAAUUAAAUUGAAGUCUAACCCUUAUAUUUGAACUAAAAACAUCAUAUUUGGUAAACAUUAGCCGAAUGCCUAGUGAUUAAGUGUCACGGACAAACGAAACUUGCCGACUCACUUCUAAACUGACGUAAAUGUCCGACAAACGUCAAGUAAGAUUUUAUGUUUCAUAUGGUGCAUUCUCCUGCAAUAUGAAAUAUGCCAUACAGUGUUGUUUGUCUUCUUGUUUCCAUUUGACUACUUGUUCAAACUUUUCCAGUCUUUUUAAUUACAUUCUCACACCAUGAGGGAGAGAAAAUCUCUCGAUAUAAAAGGAGGAAAAACGUUUCCCCCCUUAUAUUUUUAGUAAAGAAAACAACUUUUCUUAAGAAGCUUUCAGUUAUUAAAUGAAAACGAUUGGCUACAAAAAAAUGUCAGACUGGUAAAAGACUUGUUUAUCUUCGUUUGGUUCAAAUAUUUAUCAUCGUAAUCGUAUGGGAAGGAAUAACUCAAGCUUCAAAUUUAAAGGAAAACGGUUGCAUUAAUUUUUAAAAGCUUUUUGCUAAUUACCCAUGACCACAAAACAAAACCAGCAUGCAUCAGAAAAUAAAGCAGUGGUAUCCAUCUUGUAUGAAAAUAGAAGGCCUGAAUUGACGUUUUAUUGUUCAAUGAUUGUAUAGCGAGUUUUGUAGGUCUCCUAUCGACCUCCACGCCGCCGAACCUUACCUAAUCACCCCGGGCCAUAAUCAGAGCCGAAUUGUUUUGUUUUGUUUUGUGUUUCUUUUUGUACAUGUUCUACGUAGUUAACUCUUUAAGCCCCAAUAUCCACCUACAAAUUCUCCAAACUGGUCUCUAUACAUUUCCUUUUGGUAGCAGAUCAAAGCAUUUUCUCUUAGGUGAUCAUUUUUUUAACUCUCAUAACCAUUUCUCUUGGUAACAUAUGGAUAUUGUUAGGAGAAAUUGAUGUUGGUCACUAUCGGGACUUAAAGGGUUAUUCGGGUAAUGGUAAACUGAUGGUAAGUCUCAAUCUUCCCUAAAUAUUUGAGAGUUUUAGAAUCACUGACGGCAAAUUUACGACACUGAAGGCUAAUUUGGACCACCUGACCAAGUUUUCUCUUUACAUGUCGUUUACAAAAAUUGAAUGUAGUUUCACGCCACUUUGGUCGUUUAUGAGUUCAUUUUCUAUCUAGCUUGAGUUGUUUGGCGUUUGCUGUUAGCUGUAAACGCGAUUCAGACAGUAGGUCCCUUUUCUUAUCUAGACUGGCCAGACGAUAAUCAGCGACUUCUUCAAAAAGAAAACUAUAGUUAACUGUUGACAGUAGUAUGAUUGCGUGUAGGUAGAAAAAACGUGUUCACAAACAGCAUGAAAUAGGUUCUUUCUUUGGAUUAGUUUUUGUCUUCCAUUCUGACAUAAUUUAUCCACAUUUUUUAGCUGGGAAUAGCAAUAUUCAGCCGUCUCCAACAGUGAGUGAAAGUAACUCGCUCAAUGGAAAAGUUGCAGCGAUCACUAGUAGCUCUGUAAAUGCAUCCCUCGUUCUCAAUACAUCCGGGAUAACGGAAUCACAGGUUCCAAGUCCAUCUUCGGUCACUACUGCCCAGUCUUCCUCAGCUCAGGUAAUUUUAAAACUUAAAUUUUCAUCCAUUACUUAAUAACAAACAGCCUCUUUAUUUCUUCAUUUUUUUUUGCAAAUCUCAUACCCAGAUCUUUCUGGCGUCUGUGCAUGUCUGUAGGUUUUGUAAAUGUGAUCUGGGAGCUAAUCUGGGAGCGAGAUUUGGGAUAAGAGCGUGCGCAUAUAUGCACUUCCCUAACAGAGUCUCACAGGCGCUGAGUUGCCCCCAAGCCUCUGUUUCAGAGCGAGGCGAAGUGCGAAGCCUUUCAUAAAAAAGAUGAUUUUUUAAUUCUCAUUUAGUAAAAUUCCUUUUCACAAGACAGGUUUUGCACUUAGCCUUGUUCAGUUUAAAGUGAGAGUUUUUGGAACUUGUCUAUUAUAUAAAGGAUCACACUUUUUUGUUGGAUAGUAACAGACGCUUAUCUUUAGACAGGGGUAGUUAUUUUUUGAACGAGCUUGGAAGACAGUAAAUAUAAAAUCAAAUUACCGAGAUGUGCUGGCAAUCCAGCUGUUUAUAUAUCAUAUAUGCAUGUUUUGUAGGUAAAUCCGAUGCCAGAAUGGGAUAAACAAGAAAUCGAACAAAUGUUUGGAUCUCAAGUGGAAGAGGUAUUUAAUCGAUACAAUACAAAAGAAGGAACGUUUAUUGUGUGAUAUCAAUACAAUCUAAAAAAAGGAACGUACUGCGAACUUUCCCAAAGGGAUUUUCCGUAUUUCCCGCCCUUCCCAAUUUACCUGAGAAAAUAAAAGUCUGGGCAUGAGCUUCAGGUGUACCUCAAUUUUGAAGUCUUCAACACGCUCUUUUAGUUGAGAAUUAUAAUCAAUCGAACAAGAAUCUUUCCCGCCCACUAAGUCACGAUUCCACACUCAUCCAAGAUGGCCGCCCGUAACGCAAAGUCUUCGAUCUCGACGAUCUCACGGAAAAUAGGGGACUGUGAACAGUCUAGCGUAUCAGUAACUGUGAUGAUCUCCUCUAUCUACAUUUAUUUCUUUAUCCCGAAGUUCAAAUAUAUGAAAUUCAUGAUAUAUUCAUCCUUUCAAAGUAAAGUGUGACUUUUUUAUUUUCUUGAGUAACAGAGUCCAUGUUAUCAUUAAGUAUAGCAAACGAAGCGUUGAACACGAACUUCUACCUUGUGCUGGAUAUUUGAAUAUGGAACGAGAAAUCAGAAAUAUCACAUCAUAAUCUGAUUUCGUUUUUCUAUUCAGCUUGGACAGACUUUUACCAAGCCAAUCGAUCCAUUUACCUCAGACCCAGUUGACGAGAAAGUUAUUGAGACGCUGGUUUCCAUAACGAAAACGGGCGUGGCUCUCUUGUGGACAUACAAUGACUCAGGAAACGCAGCUAUCGACUACUUAAACAUUACUGACAGUCUAGGUAAGUUAGCGAGAGUGUUCAAUAAAUCCUACCCUUGUGUAAUGACUCAGUACAUAGGGGAGAGGAGAAGAGUCCAGCAAAAUGGCGCAGGUGAGCAUCGGAAGUGAGGUUUAACAUUCCACCAGGAGGUCGUUGACUCCUGAUCCCGCGAAGAAAGACAAAAAUGAGCAGAGUGGUGAUACGUCAAUACCCAGCUCUCUCCUGUCUUUAAAUUCCUAUACCAUAAUUGUAAAGAUCCAAUCCAAGACCUACCCCCUCAGUCCCGUCUCUUUUAUUUCAGUUAUAGCCUGAUUUCGUUUUUUUGGAAGGGGAGAGGUCGUCUGUACACAGGCUAUUUCCGUUAAGGUUUAAAGAUUCUUUGAAAUUCUGCAUUUUUGCCUCAGUCAUCGAUCAUCAGGAUCAAACAAAUACGUUAUCUAACUUGUAUGUUUUUUCCUUUUAAUCCUUCCCAGUGAUUUCACUGAAGAAGUUUGACUGUGUCCAAGAGAGAGCUGCUGACAUUCCCGACCGCUCCAACAGAAGUACAAGAAAAGAUUUGCAAAAGGUCAACGACUUUGUGGAGAUGAAAUUUGAUUGCCCAUUGAUCGUGAUAAAUGGUAAGUAUAGAACUUGAACGAGUUCGUGAUCAAAAACUCUACCUCUGAUACAAACCAUUAGGGUGACCUAAGGCAAUCAUCGGGGUAAUAUUAGACACCAUUAGGUUGACCUAAGGUAAUUACUCUGUACCCCGGAGCAACAUAGGCCGAUGUGUUUUAACUCCUGUUAUCUCUACCACAGGGUUAACUUUUAACAGAGUAUUUGAGAUGUCCCUUCCCCUUUCACCAGCAAAGAACUCAACUCUGGUGUCAGUAAGGGGUCGUUUUGACUCGCCUCUCGUCCCAUUGUUCCUCGCGUUUUUAAAUCAGCAAUUAUUAUAAUCAGGAAGUUAGUUUAUAUGGGCAUGGGUGGCUUGGGUUGGAAUUCAAUUUACCAAGAAUGCCAUUAAUUAUGGUCUGGGUACUUUUCUAAAGAGAACGAAAUCCACUCUCACAGUCGUUCGACAACGGUAAAAGCUUCCUUAUUUUGCGUGAUUUCGUGGGUGCCCUGUUUAACCAGGUGGUACAAAUCUGGAAUUAUCCCCUUUAUACGGAUGAGUGCCAUUUCGCUGCCAUUUUAAGCCCUUCGGGCCGUCAGACGCAGCCAUUAACAGGGUAUUAUUUAGCUUGCAGGAGCCUCUCCUCAUGCUUACAUUAAAGCUCGAAAAGGGAUUAUUCCGUGAUUAUCUAAAUAAUUCUUCUGUGUUAAACUUCAAAGCAACUCCUCCGGAAAAUUCCCACACAAGAAAGAGACGGGAAGUUCAAAUUGAAGUAACCAUGGAAGUGAAUGGCGUGGAAAAUGAGGACGACUUCCACGAGUUCCAGUUACGUCAUCAUCACUCAAGGUUUAGGAGGGAUGCCGCUGAAACGAGGCAGUGCGGCCCACUGAAAUGCGGUAGUAAGUAUCAAACCUACGGGUUUCUGGGGUGUGUGUUUGACAGAAAUAUUCCCACACUAUCUGUGGCAGUCCAUUUUGGCGCGUUUUUCAAGACAUAACCGUGGACAUAACCGUUUGCUGCGGGUUGAUUUUUUGUUAUUGAUGAUGUCUUAUUAUAAUUAACAUUACUAUCUAAGUUAAGACUUACCAUUCCUACCUGUUUUUUUUAUUGGAAACUCGCGGUCCAUUCCAAUUGUAGAUCUUUCAAUUUGAAAUUAAAGCACUGCUAGCGUCUCAAAAUAGGAGCGAAGAAUUGGUACAUUAUUAGUACAGUUAAAGCUCUCGUUGCGACGUCUCUCGUAAGCGACCAGCUCUAGUUACUAGCGCGUGCACCUGUGUGAAACCCCAUUUGAACUGUAACUUAAACUUAAUGAAAAGCUCUCGUAAUCGACCGCUCCCGUGAGCCACAGCGAUUAACAAAAUGGACGUUUUCUUUUGUUUUUAAGCUCUCGUAAGCGACCACUCAGAGUCUAAUUCACGUAAAUCAACACCCGACAAAACACAAACUGUGCGAUUUAUUGAACGGCUUCAAAAUAUGGUGACCUUCAUCAAAUCAUUCGUGCGCUAUUAUUUAGAUUUGUGGUUAUUUUGCUCUAGAAAAUUAGAUGUAAUUUUUAGCCCUGUUUAUAUCAGAUAUAAAGACACUCAUUAAAAAUUGAUUUCUUUUGUUUUUUCUUUAUGAAUUAUUAAUGAGUUUCUGAAGCUCUCUCAAGCGACCACCCUCUAUUGUUUUAUCAUGCGGUCGCUUUCGAGAGCGCAUUCCCGUAUGCGACCUCUUUUUCGAAUUUCCAAGUUGGUCGCUUACGAGAGCUUCGACUAUGGUUACGCAUGCCAGUUGGUAUGACUGAAUCUGAUUCUAGUUUAUUAUUUCGACAGUUGAAAGGUUCGAAGUCUCAGGAUUAGUCAUCACCAACAGAUCAUGGAGCGAAAAUCUUAAAGACAGUAGAUCCUCAACGGAGUUCGUAAAAUUGUCAACAGAGUUAGAAACUUCGGUAUGCAUUUUAAUCAUUGAAAUUUGAAAGUCAGUAGUGGUGGGAGGGAGAGAAUGGAUCUAUAUAACUCCAAACCAAUAAAAUUCCAGAAUUACUUCCGUACAAAACAGUUCUUAUGUGGUUUUAGUUUUAUGGUUUUAUCAGUGAUAUGUGAUAUACUUUAAUAUGAUACUAUUUCUUUAGUAUGUUGUUCUAACUUUUGAGUCUGUGGGUGAAAUCCCGUGGUGUUACCAUUCAAACGAAACCUCUUCAGCAGUACUUUCACAUGGUACCAUUUAUUUAGUAUGAAGUUCUAACUUUUGAGUCUGUGGGUGAAAUCCCGUGGUGUUACCAUUCAAAUGAAACCUCUUCAGCAGUAUUUUCACAUGGUACUAUUUGGUUUGAAUGUAGUUCUAACUUUUAAGUCGUUGGAUGAAAUCCGAAGGUGUGAGUAUCCAAAUGACACCUCUUCAGCAUUACUUUCACAUGGCGCUAUGUGUUUUGUAUAUACAGUGUUUCUAACUUUUGAAUCUGUGAAUGAAAUCUUCUGAUUUCCGUUCAAAUGAAACAACUCAAAUACUACUUUACAAGGUACUAGAAAAUUUGGAAUUUUUUUGCUUAAGUAAAUUUUUUCUCCGACUGCUACUAGGAGAUUGCUGUUUUAGCUGAUUUAUCGAUAGAAAAACACUAACGCAAAGCUAUUGUAUCUUCUUUAGUUGAAGAAAGUUCUGGAUCCGUACUUUACAGAGGUGAACAAGAUACACAGUUUUACAUUUACGAAGUGAGUUAUGCCGGUUACAGCUGUUGUUCUUUCAUAAGUAGCUGUUAAUAGAAAAGUAUUGGUAUUUUUAUAUCGUAGUAUCUUUGUUACUGUGUCUCCAGUUAGCAGGUAUGCUAAAGUUCUAUGGCUCGCUAAUAAAGGUAUAAUUAUUGUAUUUAUUUAUUAGUCCAAUUGACAAUAUUCUUAUGCUUAUUGAACUGAUGGUGAAAUCAUCACUGAUGGUGAAGUGUGAUUAGAUUUUUAAACUCUUGGGGAAGCCUGAUUUUGUCAAGGUUCCACCAGGGGCAGAUAGCUUAGGCCCCCCGGGGGGGGACUCCGCAUAUGAAAGGGGUGGGGAUGCUCGUCGUCUCGCUUUGGGGUGUAAACUUCGGAUUUUGGUCUCACUUAGGGUGUGUCCUGGGCAAAACGCCAUCAUAUUUAGCCGUGAAGGUCUCGUUUAGGGUUGCACGCGAAAAAAUGUAAAAAUAUACAUUUUGUCAGUGUUUUCACAUGGUCUCUUUCAGCGGUCAAAAAAAGCUUUGUCCCCGCCCAGAUCGGUCUCCUUUAGGGGUUUAAUUCAAAAUUUCCGACGAGCAUCUCCACCCCUUUCAUAUGCGGAGUCCCCCCGGGCCGCCCCCCCCGAGUGUCUGGUUCAGACACCGUACUUUUCAUGUGCCGAACCUAAACUUGAGGGCCUCUUCACAUGGGCCCGGUUGACCGGGAGAUCUAGGCAACUGAGGAAGCCUGCCCUCUCAUGAACACAUCGAAAAUUUUACAAAGGAUUUAGAGGUAAGGCGAGAUCUCCGAAACGGGCCAGCUUGACCGAGCCCAUAUGAAGAAGCCCUUGAUAAGUUCGACAUUGGCGCGACAUUUGAUUCAGACAGCGCACCGUGUGUGGAGCCUGAGUUAAGUACGACAGACUCUGUCGAACUUAACGCUUUUACCGCAUCAAUCUAAAACUGCUGUACUAAAUUGAUUGAGACGUCGCUCUUUUGCCGCACUUUAUUCAUCAGUUGGGUUCGGCACAUGAGUGGAGCGACGUCUGAACCGGGCCUUAUAGGACGAUAUUAUAAUAAAUUAAAUGUCUUUGAAGAAACAGACUUUUCGGGUGAAUAGCUAUUCUUCAAAUGUUAGACGUUAAAUUGAAGCGCGUGCCCGUGUCAAUAUAGUAGCGCGCGGUUGAUGUAUGUCACAGUUAAAAUGAAGCUUAACUUUAACUAACUGGAAAAUCAUCCUCAUUUCACGCUGCUAUAUGCAGGUAUUCCACUAAAAAGAGUCACACCACGUACCCGAACAUCAAAAAAUGCUGUGCAGGCCCUUGGAAAUGAAAUGUUAUGCCACUGCAGGAAACCCAGAAGAGUUGUUGCUUAUAUUUCACAAAUGUUCGCUAAGACGACUCCUGAGACUUAAUCCAGUUUCAGGUACAAAUGUAAAGAACAGGGCUGGCUUAGAUACCGGUCAUGGUGGGAAUUCUUUAAUUUACUGUUAACAUAUCACGUCUUUUAAAGGGACUCCACCAAUGUCGCAGCCAAAUUUUACCUGGAUGUGAAUCUUAAAGAGGUCAAUGUAACCUCUGCUUUGAAGAAAGCGGCCAACAAUGACACGCUUAAGAACUUGAAAGUGGAUAUGAGAGCUAUGUCGAUAUCGGGACCAUUAGAUGUGGGUAAGGAAAACUUAGUUUAGUCGGAUAGUGGAGAAAAAAAAAACAAAGGCCAAAGUGUUAUACAAUAGCAAAGCAACUAAUUUCGUUUUUUCCUCUUUUUUUUGGUACAAUAUUUUUUCAUUAUCUUUUUUUAAAGGAUUUUUUAGCUUGCGAAUACAGCCGUCUCUACUCGCUUGUCGCCUCUUGGGACGUUUCGAGGGAGAGACUCGCGCGAAACCUCCCUAGCCGUCCAAUAGGGACCUUAAGAUCCGACGACGGCGACGGUAACGGGAACGCUACAAAAGCAAUAGGUUUAAUUAGCAAAACAACAAUUUUGCACGUGCAUCACGCUUUUUUGUACAUUUCUUUGCCGUCAUUGCACGACUACGACGUGAAAAUGCCUAAUGUCACGAUGUACGGAGGAAGUACACAAGCGACGACGAGAUUUCCUCUCUCUUUCUGAACUUGGAUAUGGUUCUUAGGAAUUCACCUUCAGGAGGGUUCGCCUACAUUUGACAAAGUUAGUGACUUGGAGUAAUCGCGAUAAAGAUUGAAAGAACGCGAAUCGAAUUCACUUUUUCAGCGACGUUUUCACUGCCGUCGCCGCCUUCGGAUCUUAAGGCCCCUAAUAAGCGAGGACAGAAGGCUGCAUUCACAGGCAGGCUAAGGAUUUAUGUAAUAGUUCCCUUUUUUUUGUCCUUGUAAACAGUUAUCUAAAAUAAUGAUUUUUUUGAUAAUAGGAUAAUGUUAAUAGGACUGAGUAGAGUCCAAUUCGGUCUGUAAUCAUACAAGUGGUUAACAAAAUUGGACGACCGCGAUGCGGGAGUCGACCGAUUUGUUUAAUCACGAGUUACCAAUUAAUCAUAACUGUUACAGUCUGCGAAAAAACAGAUGCAUUAUUUUUUGGUGAAAGAGCAUUUGAAUACCAAAUGUCCAAAAUAAGGGGAAAUAUCACUGGCAGAGACACUGUCUAGUGUUACAAAUUCGUCCAUUAUGGAAAAUCCCCAGUUCGGUGGGGUGGUAAGCGUGGUUGUUGCUAUGGUUAUUGUGAUAACUUCAUCGGUGGAUUUAGCUGAGUGCACUUAAAAUUAAUAUGAUUUGUUAGUGCAACUGUCCGAUUACAGGUGUCCCAUUAAAACCCUACACAAUGAUUACUGAAAAAUCAAGCCGUUAAUGCACCAAUCAAAUUUGAAGAAAUUAUACUGGUUAUGAGUAUGAAGUGUAUACAGUCAAAUCUCCACUUGCGAUUACCUCUCGUAAGCGUCGAAAUAUUCAAAACACCAAAACUUUCCCAGUCAAAGCCCUACAGUUGGAUAGAACCUGUCGUAAACGACCACCUCGUGUAAGCGACUGCGACUACUGUUUUGGACUGACGGUAUAAUGAUUUUCCAUUGUGUUUAACUUCUUGUAAGCGACUUCUAGACAUUUUGUCUGAUCUCUUAUGUUCACUGUGUUUACUAUCCUACUAAGAUUAUGCGAAGAACUUUAGUAACAACAUGGAACUGUACAUACCCUAAGAUCUCUGUCGUGCCAGGGAUGUCGUGUUCUUUUUUAAACGUUAGAUUUCUGUGUGGUCAGUGUGUUGGCAUUUUUUGUAAAUUUCUUUAUUCACAGCCCUUAGCAAUAGCUCAAUGGGCAAAUAUAGUGACUUAAUUGCAUGCAAUAAAUUGGUUCUUUUGUCGUAAGCGACCACUAAGUCUUCACAUUUUGGGUGGUCACUUACAGGAAGUUCAACUGAAUGAAAUAAAGCUCAUUUAACUCUAUUUUCUUUUAUUGCUUAGUUGAUGGCAAUUAUACUAAAUGGGGCUCUUGGAGCACGCCCUGUGACACAGACUAUCAACAAAUGAGAAAACGCACAUGUGAAGGCUCUAAGAAUGGAGGGCAGUGCUAUGGUGACGACAAAGAAAUCAGAAAAUGUGGUAAGAAUUCUUUACGUACAGAAAAUGUAACGUGCUUAGAACAAAGGGGUAUCUUAAGAUAACAGUCCGUCGACUGUCCUGACACAGAAUGAUGAGGAGACGAACCGAAACUUACAUGAUGGGAUAUACUUGUACCAUUCGGCCUUACUAUCACUGUCUUAGUCGCGUCUAGUACCCUAUUUGGCAGACACAAUGAAUCAUUGACAGCCUUGGACUUAGUAUGCUCUAAAUCUCACAUACAGAGCGGGGAUGCUGGUCGUUUUGUUUAGAGGUGUAACUGAAGAUUUUGGUAUCACUUAGCGUCGUACUCAGGACGAAGCUCCGUGCCGGUUAUUAGCCUGCGAUCAGCAAAUCCUUUCUUCCUGAGCCGUCCGCCAACUUCCGUGCUCCUCCCCCCAAAAAGGAACACCUAAUCGCAGGUUACGCAGGUGUCGGUAAGGGCUACAGGUAAAGAAAUAGAGAGAGAAAUAAAGACAGGAAGAAAGAAGGGAAUCAAUGACAACGUCUUGACUAAGGCUUUUAUUUGAUGGGCUGUUUUAGAGUGGUAUCUUUUAGGGGCCACAUAAAUCUUGAACCACGCCACAAUUAGUUCUUGUUAUGAGUUUGAUCCCACCCUUUUCAUAUGACAAUCUUCCCAGAGCAUGUAUGAACUAGUUGAGUCACGCUUUCCGUGACUAUGGCAAGCAAACUCUCAGCCUUACUACCAGGCCUUUUGCUCACCUUUUCGCUCCUCCGAGGAGCCCAUAAUUGGCUCCUGCUCGUCCCUAAAGCUCUUUAUCCCCAAGAAACGCUUAAUAGACAGUGUAACAGAAUCCAAUUUCCUUACGUUUAACCGCAACAAGCCAAUAGCGACCAACAGGGCAAUGAGCUGCAGAUAAGCCGAAGGCCGCCACCAAUAGAGGGAAACUCGAUUUGCAGGAUUUAUUUUUCUCCUCACUUGUUGGGAAAGUGGCGAUAAAAUCUAAAACUGAUAAAGUAGAUUAGCAAUAGUUUUCAGCCUCAUUUGGAAUCCGACCUUUAAAUACCUUUCUGUUUCACCACAGCUUGCGGCAACAACACACAAAAGGAAGGUAACAUCACCACCCCCCGGUACCCUUCGCACUACCCCACGAAUGUCACGUGUGUGUGGGUACUGGAAGCUCCCGAAAACCACACAGUGAAAUUAUAUUUGGAGGAGUUCGAACUGGAAGAAGACAAGAAAUGCCUCUACGAUUACUUCGAGGUUUUUGAGGGGAACACCACGGAUGAAGAGCACAGACUCGGUAACAGGUUAUGCGGAAGCCAUAUUCGUCAGGUGUUUCAAUCCAAGGGCAGGAAAAUGUCGAUUUUAUUUAACUCUGAUAGGAGCCUCACUUCCAACGGCUUCCGUGCUGAAUGGAAAACACAAAAAAUAAGUAAGUCAAUUUUCAAUGGACCUCAACACAAUUGUAUGUUUGAAAGUUGAACGUAUACAGUGGGGAAAAUACAAACAAUAAAACACACAAGCAAAACCGCCUAUAUUUGAAAUAUCACAUUUCUGCCGUCUAAAAAGCUAUUUUUUUUUCUUAACUGUGUUAGAAAUUGUAUGGCGAUGAUGUUUAUGACGAUCAUAGGCGUACGGGCCGGGGGGGGAGGGGGGCUUCAGCCCCCCCAAAUUUUGGGCAACUCAGAUUUUUUGGGCAGCUAGAGAAAAUUUGGGCAAAGCCAGUUUUUAAAGACGUUUCCAUGUUUUUUAUUAGUCUAAAGAGACAAAUAUUUUCUAUUUUGAUCUGAAAAAAUCCUGAAGUCAGCGUAAUAAUCCAGUUACUUUCUCUCGAGACACUCACAGUAGUUUCCUAGCACGUGAUGAAUUUCUGGUUAUAGGGAAGGGUAUCAUUUGUUGAUUUACAAAUUUAUAGUUUUUUAUUGUUGAGCACUGUACUGCACUGCACUGACUGGAAUGGGCUCUUUCCAGUCGUGAAUUGAUUAGAAUUAACUUCCGCAUAUCUUUCUAGAAUCAUCUCCGCUCGUAGAAAUUAACAGUGUAUGGCAGAUAGCAUCAGCAACAGUGGGUCUGAAAAUGAAGAAGUUGCUGACUAGUACUCAGCUCGAAUUACGAGAAGAAUAUUAAAUUUGUUUAAAAAUCUAUCAAGCAAUAAUUUAUUAAAGUAGACCGAAAUGUUUACAAAACCGCUAACAAGAGCGCCUCGAUAGAUACUAAUGAAAUCCUUGUCUCUAGCAAUCGGCCGGAGCUAUCUCCAUGAUCAUAUCUUUUACACACGUUUUUAAAAAGAUUGAAGCUACCAUGAGGUGAAAUUGCCUGUCAAAAGAGCUUCGUUUUCUACAAAUAACGGCCAAACAUCAAGAUUUUUUUUAACCAUAUUUAUAACGAUAAAAACUUCAUCCCAAAAUAUCCCAAUAACACUCCUCUAGAUUCCGUUUUAACUUCACGAACAUCGAGGCGACUAUUGGAGAAAAAAGCUCCAGUGAACAUUUUUGUAGGAACAGGUCCCAGUGCCGAGAAAUAUUUCUGCAAGUAAAAUAGACAAUGGCGUCAUUUCGUUGCGAUGACAAUUCUGAUGUCAUUAAAACACUGCUCACGACAAAUCUUCAUCUUUAUCUAAUAAAACUAUGGUAGCAAUUUUUCCAAAUGUUUGUCUAUGGCGACGUAGUUAUUCUCAAAAUUGGGAGGUAUUGACCCUGAAAAACUGUCAUAGUAUUGAGCCACCUUCAUAUGCCAGUACGGCCUACGUUAUUGCAUCGUAUGGCCCUCGUUUCUUUUCUACUGUUUCGUAAAAAUUUGGGCAACUUGCGAGAAUUUUUUGAGCAAAUGGUUUACCGCCCCCCCUGGCAAAAAAUUGCCCGUACGCCUAUGAUCGCGAUAUCUUAUUAUGGAUCUUAAGCAACCAAGGCGACAAGAACAAGGAGAACGUCAAAAGACAGUGGGUUACGUUUAUUUGAGCAAAGCAACAAUUGUGCACGUGCAUCAUGCUUUUGGUUCUUUUUAUUUAACGUCCACUGCACAAAUACGGCGUGAAAUUAGAACUUGUUAUGAGACCUUCUGUUCUGUAGCAGGACGUGAACGUAUUUUCGUUUUUGUUCUAAACUUGGAUAAAGUCCUUAAAAUUCAAACCAGGUUUCGCCUAUAUUCGAUCACUAAAGUCAGCGAGGUUAAUAAAUGCGAUAAAGUUUGAAAGACGUUUUCACCAUUUCCUUCGCCGUGGCUCCUUGAUAAAGCUACCGAUGAUGAUGAUAAUGUUGAUUUUGAUGUCAAUGAUAUUGAUUUCGAAGUUGAUUUGUCUGUGUAUUGUUGAUGAUAAUAAUUAUGAUGCAUAUUGUCAUAAGUUAAUGAUAAGGAUAGUGUCGUUUAUCCCAAUAUUAUUCAUGAUAUUGAUGCACUUUCCUGACGUUGAUGAUGAAAUGAUGAUGAUGAUGAUGAACUAUCACUUAAAAAAUUAUCUUUUUUCAGAGGAGGAAAUAAUCGAGUACGUUCCACAGUAUGUGACUGCCUUGACUAUGGUUUACAGUCCAAACGUGAACGGAACACAUUAUCCACUAGGAACCGCCUCUACGUGUAUCACGGAAAGGUGUGGUAAUCAAUAGCUGAUCAUAGUGGUAGUCUGAGGUCUCUUUUCAGUGCAGUGGGUGUGUCAUAGUCAGCUGUGGCCUAGCCUGCGUAGCCUUGGGGAUCAUUAGCGCCUGUAAAGUUUUGGCAGAGGAACUGCGAAGCCGUGCGGGGAAUUGGGAGGACACGCUUUCAAAUAUCUUUGGAAUUUUCUCUCAGCGAACAUGAAUGCCAUUCGCCAACAUGCACGAAAAUGAUUCUGCCAGCUACGCAGGUUAGCUGUAGCCACGGCUUCCUCCUCAAAAGAGUACAAACAAGUUUUGAGAUUGUCAAGUGAUAAAUUAGACAACGAUAUUAAUCGAUAAUUUUUUAUGAACUCAACUAAUCACAAUAUGUGUACUUUUUGUUUUUAGCCAAACCAAUGACAAAGAAUGUGUCUUUAAGGAAAAAGUAUUCGUAAUCUCCCGGAUAAUAACUAGCCAUAUUGACCGUGAUCUUUCACUGGCCGGUGAUAACAGAAUUGUGAUCAAUUUUGAACACAUCAUGGUAAGGAAAUAUAGCUAGAGAGAAAAUAUCUUGAAAAAUGCGAGCUUUAAGAAACAAAAUUUACAAAAGAACGAAUCAUUAGUAAUAGUAGCAUUGGAGGAGAAGGUCAUGGAUUGGAAACCUGUUGGGAAAAUCCGCCUCUUUUCGUUCCGAAUCGCUUGUAUUAAAAAAGAUCACUAACUGAAUGACUAUAAUUCUGAUACAUCCAACUUUGUAAUAGAUAUAUGAUAUACAAUACAGAAGCUUGCCGUAUUCAUAGACUGCGGCAUUCACGAGUUGUUCCGUACGAGGUUAGCGGGGGUUAAGAUAUGUAGACUGGUUAUCUGCCAUUUUGGCCGUAUUCGAUUCUGAACAAACCCUAACUAUCAUAACGAUCGUAGCGAUCAUAUGGAAACCAGGCUUAGGAACUCUUGACUCUAAGCUGAGUUAGUGGUGAGUUCUGCUCGGGUCCUUGGACGUACAAGGCUCUCCCUCUCUGGUCGUCAAAAUUUUGAAUGUUAGUAGAACUUAGGAGAUUGAGAUUGUGGUUUGUUUUAUUUACUUUCUUAACAAGAAAGUGUGUAGAAAAAGUGCCUUGUAAAUGAGGAAGAGAAGAAACAAAAAAGAAACUAUGAUGAGAUCAACAGGCAAUAUCCUUCUUCGAGCCCGGUAAAUAAGCACAUAAAUAAACAACAAAAUGCUGGAAAAAUUCUUUCACUAGAGAAUUAAUUGAUCACUACACCUUCCGUUCAAUUUCAGAACGAAAAUCUGUUCCCCAUGUUUUACAACGGCAAAAAGUACUGCGUUAGUUGGAAUCAAAAAGCCAAGUAAGUAACUUAACCCCCCAAAAUAAGUAGUAAUUUAAGUGAUUUGUUUUUCAGCGAGACACUCGUGUCUUUCCUCCGCCGUGAUCAUCUGCGGUGCAAAGUUUUCAUCAUAUGGAAACAGCAAACACGGUCGGAUGUGUCGUAUGAGCAAAGUUCAAACUAUGGACGAAAAGGAAAAAACUAUUUUUAAAACUACAAAAAAUCCAAAAAAAGAUAUUUUUCUCUUGAGGACGAGACAACAGCUAAAUCUAAAUUAGCGAAUGCUCCAAAAUGCUCUAAAUUUCACUGGACUAUCGAUUUGUAAAUCAAAUCUCCAGUUUCAAUUUUGAGACAAGAGUUACUAGUUAAUGUUGGACAUGGUUCAUAUUUCCAGGAAAGAACAGCCCGUUGCAUUUGACGAUUUUGAUCAGUAAGUUCCUCGAUUUUUCCACUGAAGUAUAGAACCAACUGGAGUUGUUAGUUAUGCUUUUUAUAAAGAUUUACACUUGCACUUGAGAAGGAAAAACGCCUUCCGCUGAAUGCGACGACUGCAUUCGGCCCAGGCUUUUUUGGCCAGCUUUUAACUGAAUUUAGCCGGGACGUUUUGUGUCGGCUUACAUGACGGAAUACCAGGAUUGAUGACUUCAAAGUAUUGUGCUCUCUUCGCUUUUUAUAGUUUUUAGUUGACUGUAUAAACUCAAACUUAAGCAAGCGUGCGUUUCUCUUAUAGUCGACCUCGAAGCUAAGGUUUAGUUACCUAAAAGGUUUGGAACAUGUAUCUGAAUGAAAAGUAUAAAAGACAGAUUGGCAGAAGACCAGGCCGACAGAAACAUUGCACUAAAAAUUUGGAGAAUCAAACUGAGGAGGAGUGCUAAUAUCACAGGGGGCCCACACAAUCUGUUUGUGUAGCCGAUUGUUAUUUUAUAGUAAAUGUACUGGAUUUACCGUUUGCUUCACCUAUAGCGAUAUAUCGCUAACUAUGUAUAUAAAUCAAUAAUAAAUAAACGUUGAAUUACCUUACCUGUGGUGUAUAGUCGUCCUUUUGCCUCAAAAGCGGUUUUUUGAGCGAUUUUGAAGGAGUUUGAGUUCGCCGUUGACUGUUCCAUAUAUGAUAUAUGAGCGAUUUUGAAGGAGUUUGAGUUCGCCGUUGACUGUUCCAUAUAUGGAACAGUCAACGGCGAACUCAAACUCCUUCAAAAUCGCUCAAAAAACCGCUUUGAGGCAAAAGGACGACUAUACACCACAGGUAAGGUAAUUCAACGUUUAUUUAUUAUUGAUUUAUAUACAUAGUUAGCGAUAUAUCGCUAUAGGUGAAGCAAACGGUAAAUCCAGUACAUUUACUAUAAAAUAACAAUCGGCUACACAAACAGAUUGUGUGGGCUCCCUGUGCUAAUAUGCGGAGAUUAAGGACUUUAAAAGUCGUUAGUAAAAGGCGACAGAAACUGAGGAAGAAAAGCGACCGAUAAUGAGAAUUAAGACGGCCCAAAAGCUUAGAGGUUGCUUUCUAUCUCUAAAAUGUGACUAAUUCACAAGGAUUGGAAUUUCACAACACAAGGCUCUAACAUGAGCUGUUAAUGAAAAGUAAAUUUGUUGUGAUUUUGGCUAAAGUUGUGGAUUUAUUUUCUUUUGAUUGUACCGUGCUUGCAGGCUUCAGACCACUGGUAGCUGGACGAGGCGAGGAUGCUCGGUUCUGAAAACAAACAUAACGCAUACUUCCUGCGCUUGUGAUCAUCAAGGAAUAUUUGCUGUCCUGGGACAAGAAAAGGUAUGGAUCAAAAGUUAAUGUUCUUUGUACGUGCUCAAAGGACAUAACCAGCAAAGCAAGAGAGUAUGUCCCCUAAAGCCAUUAAAUGGAAGUCUUGGGAAGGAAACUGGUAACUAAGAAAAAAUUAAAGAUUUCUUUCACCUGGUCGAGAAGGAAAUUAUGACCAAUAAUUCUAAUUUAACUUCACAUUUAGAGCCCCCUAGAUAGCUCGCUCUCAGGCUACAUUUAACGUAGCUUGUACAAUUUGUUCAACAUUGUAAUUCAGUGUCAUCUUUCAGGACUAAAAUACCCUAGCUCUCGAAAAUCUUUUUCUUACUGGUGACUCAGUUGAGAACUUUUUGCAAAACUUCCGAUUUCUUGUUUGUUUUUUAGAUUGAUUCCAGCAAACUUAACCUGUUGGCAAAUACGUACAUUGGAAUUGGGAUUUCAUAUUUCAUUCUCAUCUUGGCCAUUGUGCAUAUUGUCUGGAAAGUGUAAGUAUCAGUAGAACCAUCGGUAUUCAAAUAAGUGUGGGAGGAAGCUAUGCCAUUUUUAUAUCUUUUUUGUUCACUAAGACCUUCUCUUUGCUAGCGUAUUGGGAAAGAAUUGAAAUUUUGCCUUCUUCUGAACAAUGUCAGGUUUAUUCGCUACAAAAAAGAAGUUUCCUUUGCAUUUUUAUAUGUAUUUCGUUAAUUAUAAUUAUAUUGACUCUUUUUAGCGAAAUCCACGGUGGAGAAGUCAUGCGCAUUAACAUGUGUGUCGCCAUUAUGAUCAUGCAGUCUGUGUUCCUGAUUGGCGCCCAUGUCAAGGCUCAACAGGUAAUAAAAAAUGUCAGCAGAUUGAAAUGAAAAUGGUCGCGCCGGAAAGGACAAUAUUUGUCCUAUCACAGAUAAAAGAUGACACUGUGUUUAGUUACUGGCCAUUCUCAGCACCGACAAAGUCCAUAAAUCUGAAGAAAAUACUCUUGAUAUAUUAAUUGUAAAAAUCCAGCAACCUAAGUCGCCAUUAUGAAUCUGCUUAGCAGCUUGGCCCUCUUUGAUUUCAUUCCGUCUAAAUUGGCGGGAAACUCGAGAGGCCGGGUUGUAGGUUAAGGUAGCAGGCAGUUACUAUCUGAUAUGUAGCCUAAGAAAACAGCUAACAUUUCGGGACCUUCGCAACUGGAGAAAUGACAUCUGGGAAAUGAGUGCAGAAAUUCCAUACUGAUAACAAGGCACUACCCAGAUCUGAGUGGUAACACGUCAUCAGUUUGGAAUAUCUGUGCUCGUUUUCAGACGUCCUUUCGCGGGAAUACCAGUAGUGACGUCGCGCAAAAUGUCGGCUGUUAUCUCAGGCUAUCAGAUAUCUAAAAAGUACGCCUUCCUUCACCCGAAAUCCUAAAUUUUAACAAGAGAGCCAUGAUACUGUUCUUUCCCCAUCAAUCUAGCCUUGUCCUCAUCGUUUUAUUAAAACUUUUGUUCGCAGGCUCUUUGUGGAUUUCUUUCCUUCGCCGUUUAUUUCUCUGUUUUGGCUGAGUUCUGCUGGCUCCUUCUUCAUGCUCUGAGAAUCCAUGGCAAAAUCAAGAAACUCUUUGCUUCCAAUCUCAACAUUGAGAUUGUGUAUUUCGGAAUUGGAUGGGGUAUGAAUAUUUAAGUUGCUCGGUCAUUUGAACUUUCCUAUUGAUUGCAAUUUGCACCGAUCUGCAAAACCUCCCGUCAAACCCACCUUCAUUUAUUAAUGAAUUAUGCGCCAAUAAUUAAAAUUUGUCGGCUUGCUCUUGAAGUAACUCUGUGACUUAAAAAACAAAUCAAAAGUCAUUAAGUUUUAGAUUCACACUAUGCGAUUUCUCUCACAGACAGUCAAAACUAGAACUUAAGGUUUUCUUCAUAUCAGAGGGCAGUAAGAAGCACAACGUCAGCAAAUUCGUUGAAUCGUUGAACAGUAAAUGAGACUGUCAGCAUUGUCCAUAUCCUCGUUUAAAAUACUGUAUUUAUUUUCUCAGAGAAUAAACCACUGAAAGAGGCGACAGGGUCAUUUGACUAAAUCAACGAUUUGCGUUAGCCAUAGCUUCUUAUAGAUUAGCUUAGUUAAAUUCACUAACUAUCUCACGAUGACAUUUUGAUGUUGCUUACAUGCAGGGUUGCCGCUGCUUUUGGGACUUAUUGCCAUUGGUGUAAAGAUCAACUUGAAGAAUCCAGAUGACGUGUAAGUACCUUUCCUUACAUUCAGUUACCGCUCUAAUAUUUCUGCUAAGCAUGUCUCCGAUUAUUUCUCAAACUGUUGACAUUCUUUUUUGGUCAUUUGACAGCUGCUGGGAGGCGGCAGUUGGAGGAGCCAUGUGGGGAUAUGCGAUGCCUGUCAUUGCCAUCGCUUUGGUAAGCAACGGCUCAUAAUGAGUCAGGGAAUUAAUUUUGUGAAGUCGUAUUUAUUUGCAUUAUCCCUCCGAAAAGGUGAUUUCCUUGUUUUUGAAGGCAUGGAUGAGCGGUUGUACUAGCAAGAGAUCAGAUCCAAUGAUCGCUCUGCCAUUAAUAUACAUCGCAUGCUCUGAAACCGCGGAAGUUGCUGCGUGUCUUUCUUGGUGAAUUUUGGUUCAAUUUUCAUGCCCUGUAUCACAUUUUGUGUUUUCUUGCUGGUUCUCGCGCGCCCGACGCGCCUAACACCCAGUCUAUUUUCAUUUCGCCCUGCUGUUAACGUGAUUUGUUUCCCUAAAUUCCUCUUUAAUGUUCUUGGCAUUAAUGAUAAAAACGUUUGAAACCCUCGGUUGUUUUUCCAGUUAAAUGUGGCUGUCUUGGUGAAGCUGCUCACUCCAACUCAGGAUGUGAGAGACGGUUACGAUUAUGAAGAAAUGAGGUAAGUAUAAAACUGGUACGCAUUAUUUGCACAAAGGAGAUGCUCUGUAAAAGCUUGCAAAUUACUCAAUUUUUGUAAAUACAAGACGGUCUCAGCAGAGAAAAAAAUACAGUAGGGGACAUCUCUGCUUUUGGGUGCCAGUCAACCAAUGGUAAACCAGGAAUGGAUAACCUUUAAGACUUACGGGAUUCGCUCAAAGAAAAUUCAGCAGUUGAUGUGAAAGAACUGAAGGAGAGGACGCAGAUAGGAGAAAGUCAGAAGAACAUCAUUUAUCGAGAUUGUGAAAAAUUUUUAUCUCGGAAAAAGUAAACUUUAAAGAUAAAAUUACUGAGAUGACUAUUUCUUUACCGCGGCAGGAGUCGCAGGACUGGAGCUCAGUCGGUAGAGAACUUGACUGCAGAGCGGGAGGUCGAGGGUUCGAUUCCCGGGGCAGGACAAAUACUCAGUUUCUUAAGUAGCUGAGAAAUAAAUGUACUGCCCUUGCCCUGAAGCGGCUUGCCUUUCGCGUAGCUGGGAUGACCAUGUAAAAUGGCGGUUCCUUCUCCGAAUAGUAUCCUCAAUUACCUUCGUGUUCAAUACGUUGACAUUCAAAUAAAGUGCAUUUUUUUUAUUUUUAACGAAGCUUACUCAUUGCAGGUAUCGCGUGAUUAAAGACAUGUUUAUUCUGCUGUGUUUUGGGUUAACCUGCACAUUCGCUUACCAGGCCGUGGAAGAAGAACGAUUCCUUGAGCAGUAUCUGCUCUCUUCUUUUGUCAUCAUGCAGGUAAGUCACGCGACUAUUCAUUAGCUGCCUGGUCGUGACACAGCUGUCACGUAAAAUGCAAUGUUGCUACUGAAGAUUAUCAUUCGUUCCACAUUUUCUGUCACCACACCCUUUGAACUGUUAUAGGCUGGUUUUCACUGGCAACGGAUUCGGAUUCGGAGUCGGAGUAGUAAUCAGAAGCGUAGCACUUUACGAUCUAGUGAAAACAGGGCUCUGUUUCUUCUGAUUCCGCUUACGACAUUGUCGUUUAUUUUACGAUCAAGUGAAAGCUGGGUCGUCGGAGUCGCAAGUAGAAGCGGAAGAACUAAACCAGUCACAAAGCGUGGAAACGUGCAUUGUGAUUGGUUUAUCCUUCCGCUUCUCUUUCCGACUCCGACAAUCUGGUUUUCACUAUAUAGAUCAUAAACGGAACCUAAGUGACGAAGUCGUGAGAGGAGUCGGAAGAAAAUGGAAAACGUUCUGAUUCUUCUGACUCCGAUUACGUCGCGCUUAUGACCCCGCUUACGACUCCGAUUUUUGAUUUUCACCAGGUCAUAAGCGCUCUUGUGACUCAGUUUACGACUCCGACUCCGUCGCUAGUGAAAACCAGCCCUAAGUUUCGAGCUUUUAUCCAACUGAUCUGGUGAAUGCUUUUUUUUUCUUAUUCUAGGCUCUUGCCAUGUUUGUCUUCGGAAGGGAGGUAAGAAUUUUAAAACGGAUGAGGGAAUGUGCAAUUGAAAUGAAAUUUGAAGUAAAAACGUCUUGAAGUGUCGAAUGUAUCUAGCUGAGAGAAAAUCAUCCUCAAUAUAUACAGGAGAAAUCUAAGCAGAGAGGUUACAGAAAUUUUAUGUGAUAAAGAAAUGUAAUGCAUUAUAAAAUGCAAGAGAAAUGAAUAAGGUAAAGACUGACUGAAACAAUAAGAAAACGAAUGAAUGAAUGAAAAUUGAAAGGGAUACGGUUAAGUAGGUCUUAAAAGAAUUGCAAAUAAUCAUCACUUAUAAGUGAGACUGGCAAAAACGAGUUUCCACAGUAACUGAAACUUCGGCAAAACCGCAAAAGAGUUGAAUAUUUUUUAAUGACGACUUGAACGAUCUUUGUCAGAACUCCCUAGAGAAAGCUUUGAACUUAACCAAUUACAAGACCUUCAUAUAGGAGUUCUUAUCUUGAAGUUUGUUUCGAGAUUUUUUAGGUUCUUUAAGAAGAAACAACAAAGAAGAACAACUGCUUGUUCCUGUUCUCUACCGAGAUAACAAAGUGAUAUCAUAGACCGGCUGUACUUUGCUCCCAGGGAGACCACGUGACUUAGUUUAAUCCCAUCAUUCCCUACGUGUACUCAAAGACGGCGAGUUAAGAGUAGCCUGCCAGACGUUUUUGAGCGACGCACAUCCAUAUUCUGCAGUUGUUCGCCCACAUUUUUGGGCAAGAGCAGUACAACCAGGCAUUACCAAUUUUGCAGCGUCAAGAUGUAUUAAAGGGAAGAAGGCCUCACUUCCGAUUGACGAACGUCACUCAGGUGUAGCAGACUAACUUCGUUGUGAAAUACUCAUAAACAUGUCUCUUGAAUUUUCAGGGUCGGAAAGAUUUCAUUAAGCGCGUCGAGAAAGCCAGAGCGGAAACGGAACCCGAACCUGCAAAAGAAGAACCCGUAGAAAAUAUUUACGAGGAUAUCGAAGAAGAAAAGGCUCCCGAGGAAAAAAAUGCAGAGAAAGGACGAGUUAAGAGGACUCGAAAAAGAGCAUCAGUGAGUUAAAGUAGCUUCUUUUUAAAAGCUGAACGUCUUGCUGACGCCUCGAAAUCACACCUAGGUUCAAAGAUGCCAAAUUAACUUGACAGAGUGACUACUUCUAUAUUAAUAGGUGGUGUGAGAACGGCAUAUUUAACGGCAAAAAAAAUUUGCUAAUAAGCAAAACAAGGCCAUAUCAAGCGCAUCGAAGUUAGUCAAAAAUGCUCCACUACGCGUUGUAUUUCGAUUUCCCUUCUGUUGGAUAUGUCAUAAAUCACUGUAUUUCGUGUUAAUAUUACCUUAAUAUUAACUCUGAAUCAUGUCUUUCAGAACAAACCACCAGAGAGGAUUGCCGUUUCCACGUUGAAAAACCUCAAUAUCUACAAGGAGGGUGACCAGUACGUCAUCGAAGCUUGAGCCUAUCAAAAUCGCCGAUUUUCAUGAAACUUUUUUGCAAAAAAAUGUAGAUAUUACAGCUGAGGAGAACAUCCGUAUAUUCAAGAUUGAAAUAACUCUUCAUCCAUCAAGCUUCAGGCAGUUUUGAGCAAUUUUUGUUACAGUCGUUAUCGGAUCAUUUGAGGCUUCUGGUUAACUGACCUCCUACCCUUCCCCUAAGUCACCCUAAGUUUUGUCUUAAGUGAGAAGUAAGUGCUAAUGUUGAAUUAGGGGAGGAGUGGGUGGUCAGUUACACAGAACCCUCAAAUGAUACUAGGGAGCUUAAGGGCCUGUUUGCAUGAAGGUGGGGAACCCCAGGUAGGUGAGGUAACAUGUGGCGGGUUACCCGACCUAACAUGUAAACGUGAUCACAUUAAUUGCGUGAACAGGCGGGUUACCCCACCUAAGCGGGUUACCUCACCUACCUGGAGCCCGCCACCUCCAUGUAAACAGGCCCUAAGCAAAAACGACGGCGGCGGCUACGAAAACGUCACUUAAAAAGUUAAGAAGCGCUGUUUCAAACUUUAUCUCGCUUAUUCCAUCUCGUUCAAUUCGUCAAAUGUUGGCAAUUUGAAUUCUAACAGGCUGUUUCGCAGUUUAGGAAAAGAAAAAGAAAGUCGUUGGUUUCGUUCACGUCCUCCAGUUGUCCUCCACAAAACGUGAAAUUAGGCAUUUUCACGUUGUAGUUGUGCAGUGACGGCAAAGAAAUGUACAAAAAAGCGUGAUGCACGUGCAGAGUUGGUAUUUUUUAGACCUAUUGUUUGUUUGCCGGUCUCGUUGACGUCACCGGCGUCGUUGCUUAAGCCCUGGCGACAUUAGAACAGUCGUAUUUAAUGUGUACUACUAUGAAAUGUGUAACUGUUAAUGUGUACUCUCUUUUGAAGAUGAAGGAAAGUUUCUUAUUAAACUAGUGAACAUUGUAACAGUCGUGUUUAAUGCGAACUCUUUUGUAGAUGAAGAAAAGUUUCUUAUUUAAUUACUUUGUUUAUGUGCGGUAACUUCUGUCUUC